GUUAGACGUCACUAUGGCCGUCACUCGUUCAAAUUCGACGAUCUCAAAGAGCUCAUUAACUGCUCCCUAAUCCGGACAUACAUUCAAUAUAGAGAAGAAUUCAUUUUUUUGAGACCGCGGCCUCAAUUGAAAGUUUCGAGAAGGAAGAAUAUUUGUGCCUUUUGUGGCAAUGGUCUUAAUUACAACUAUCGCUACUGCAGCCUUAGUUGCAAGGUGGAGCACGUUCGGUUGGAGGAGAAUGACAUAUCGAGCAUAUUGUUGCAAUUUGAUGCAUCACAAACUAGAUUAACUGAAUCCGAGAACCUACAAACGAAUGUUGAUGAUCAACCUAAUGAGGAAGUAGUUGAUGGCGAUCAUAAUCAGAUCACACCAAAUCUAGCUCCAAUAGACACUGAAAUAGACGUUGAGCCGGAUGAGGGGAGCUCUAGCGGAUGGAGCAUUAGUGAAAUAUUUGCGAGUAGUGACGAUGAAUAA